AUGUCAUCGGAAAGUGUCAGCGAGGAGCAGAGUGAUUAUCAAUGGCCUUGGUGUCUAAUGGGACAUUUUGGAAUACAAUUUUUGGAGACUGACAACUCGGAGUCUUUUGUUGAGGGAGAUUUGUCCAGAGCCUAUAUAAAAGACUACGAGCUUCUUAAAGCAAGUAAACGGCCAAGAGAAGAAAAAUCACCUGAGAAACUACUUCAAGAAGAGAUGGACGAGAUCAGCCUGAAGGAAAUUGAUACAGAACCGAAUGGAGAAGAAAAACUACUCGACGAGAGAGAUACACCAUACGAGGUUCUACCAAAGUGGACUUGUGAUAAGCGGAAAAUGAAAAAAAAGAAAGAAAAGGGCAGGUACAACUAUCGGUCUUUCGAAGAAUAUUGGGAUGUUUCGAGCUACUGGUUGCACCAAAUUACGUGGCUUAAUGAUUUCGGAAAUCAAAUGACGGAGGAAAAUCGGAAUGAGCUGACGAAACAAUGUGAAGUGAUGAAACCAAUUUAUCCCAUUGAUCAGCAUAAGGAUAUUCUGGAAAACCCAGACUAUCAACAGAUCACCAAGACAAUGAUUGAGAAAAAUCCCGAAUCGACCUUUGAGGAUAUUUACACGAAACAUUGUAAACUGAUCAAGAAGCAAUCUGAAAAUGAUUUUCAUGAUUUUCAAACGAAAUUUGUCGCAAAUCGGUGCAAGGAUAUGCUAUCUAGAAUCAAACGACUUGGUUAUGCUCCAGGUUUUGAAGAAUCUCAACUACCUGUCUUCCAUAGUGGAGCUGAACAAGAGAUCGAGAGACCAAUUAUAAAAGAUAUCAGAUACACGAUUGACGAGUCUUACUCCAAAAAAUUCUGUGGCGCCGAUCCUCGAGAUGAAACUUCAGAUGAACCUUCAACUUCCGAAGAAUCACAAUCUGCUGAUGUUUCGUCUGCAGUUAUAUCAAUCAAAAAUCCUGCAGAAAUUCGAUUUAACUUCGAUCCCGAAACUGAGCAGCACUUGAUUGCAUCUAAUGCUGAAAAGUUGUAUGCAAAUGAUCCAGAGAUCAGCAAGUAUUACUAUCAACGUUAUCGUUUAUUUUCUCGUCUCGACCAGGGGAUCAUUAUGGAUCGAGAAGGAUGGUUCUCAGUUACACCUGAAGCAAUUGCUGAACAUAUUGCUGAUAGAGUAGUUCGUAACAAUGUUUCUGUUGUUGUCGAUGCAUUCACUGGAGUUGGAGGAAAUGCUAUUCAAUUUGCACUUCGUGGAGCUCAUGUAAUUGCUAUCGACAUGGAUCCUGUUCGACUUAAGUGUGCACGAGAAAAUGCACGCGUAUACGGAGUCGAAAACUACAUCGACUUCAUCUGUGCUGACUUUUUCGAUGUCGCUGCCACGUGGCAAGCUGAUAAAAAACUUGCUCCAAAAGUAGAUGCGGUCUUUCUGAGCCCACCGUGGGGAGGCCCGUCAUAUUUGAAAGCCAAGGAGUUUGACCUUGCAACUGGAUGCUGCCCAAAUGGAAUUGAUAUUUUUGAUGUUUCAUUGAAGAUUUGUCCGAAUAUUGCAUAUUUUCUGCCAAGAAAUACAAAAGUUAGCCAGCUCGUCGAGCUAGCUACCAAAGCAAAAAGUCGCAUGGAAAUCGAACAAUCUGCUUUGAAUUCUAAAAUCAAAACCAUCACAGUCUAUUAUGGAAAACUGGCAUAUCGCGAGGAAUUAUCAAAUUCAAGCAAAACCUAAAUUUUUAAAUAUUGCAUUUUGUUGUUCCAGGUCGUUAAACUGUUCUCAUCUAUUGUUGUGUUUCCGUGUUUUUACUUAUCAAAAUGAAAAUGUUAUGCUUUAAAAUC